CAUUUGGGGGAUAUCUGUACCGUUCUGACAUUUGGGGGAUAUCUGUACUGUUCUGACAUUUUGGGGAUUAUCUGUACUGUCCUGACAUUUGGGGGAUACUGUACUGUCCUGACAUUUGGGGGAUAUCUGUACUGUCUGACAUUUGGGGGA